UCACAUACCAACACCACGCGGACGCGGUUAUCGAUUGCCCAGACCGCUAAAUUCUUCCGUCUUUAAUAAGGAAACUUUUCUAUUAUCAUUAUUAUUCCUGCGGCGGCCCGAUCCUGGUGCUUUCGCUCUGAGCCUCUAAUCUGGGGUUCAAAAUCCGGGGCACAAUCUAAGCCUUGGGUUACCUCCUGGUCGGUAAGAGACGAUAUCGACUCAAGCCUCAAUUUUACCUCCCUCCAGCCUCCAUUUGUCCAGUAGGAACAGAAAGUAGACCUUCCUAGUGGGGUCUCCACUGUUGAAAUCUUUGGACGGUGGUGGGCCUUGCUGCCCUUAACCGGCACACCGACCUUUAGUGUUUCCAAGCACAUUCUUUGACUCAUCUGGAGUGGCCGAGAGCUGUUCGGCCCUCUCUUGAACCCACUGCGUUGGAUUGGAACUUAUAUGUUCCGUCCUGCGCUUCAUUCGAUCAACAAACUCCCCUCCAACAUGGCAAGGUCUCGUAUUCUUAGUGGCGUGCUGGGCGCCGUCGCCUCAUUGGCGACAGCGGCGAUUUUGGCUCUUGAAAUCAUCAUAGCCCACGAACUCUCGGAGCUGAUUCCUUCGGUCACAAUCGCUGCGAUCAUCGCAUCAGCAUGGGAAGGGCUGAUUCUCAUAUUAUUAAUUUUUCUUUUUGUUAGAAGCUCGCGACGGUGGACGGAUUUCGGGAAAAGGAAAAACAAUGGUAUCUGGUUUGCAUUGGGCCUAGUUGCGAGCAUACUGGCAUCUAUUGCAUCUGUUGUGAUGCAGGUCAUGAUGAAAUUGUCUGAGAAGUUACCUGAGACUAUGCUUCAAGUUCGGUCGACCAACUUUGUUAUCGGAUCUGCUAUUGCACUCGUCUGUGCAUUCGUGGGACAACUCGCCUUCAUCGUCGUCUGUUUCGUUGUUCAUCGGUCACCUGACUCUGAACAAGCGCUGUCUCUUCAUACUAACGAGGAUAAUUCCCGUUUACCACACAUCCGUGUGAAGUCGAUCCCUUACAGUCGAACAACACCGGCUUCGAGCCAAACGAGGAUCCAGGAACGGCCAUUGACUGAUUACUCAAGCCGACCCAACUCAAGUGGUGGCCGUUCAAUGGCGGAGACUAUGAGCUCCAUUCGAACUUCGAUCUCUCACACGGUACGCCCUACAGGAUCCAAGACUAGGUUGUUAUCAUCCAGUUCAAAAACUCUGCGUCGCCCUCCAUCAAUCGACUCGACUGGAUACCGGGAGCGGUCAAGCGUGACGGAAGAUGGGUUUGAUUCUUGGGAUACUUCCUCGGUUGAUCCUCAAAAUCGACAGAUAGUUGUGGAUAAUAGUCCCCCCAUUCGUGCUCGUUUCCUGGAGACCAUCCCUGCGAGCCCGACAACAAGUAGAAGCCCAAGUCCCGGAUGUCCUUUGGAUUUAGAACCACCAAAACGCAACCGGAGAAGUCGAAGUUACAGUCCUCUCCCUAGAGCUCAUCAUGAACGCAGCUUGACUCCCUUAUCCUCGCCAGGCGAGCUACAUAUCCACCCACUUUUCCGAUCCGACUCUCCCGUUCCCCCACCGGCAGCUACUCCUGGAACAAUGGUCAUCGCGGCACCAAAUGCCGGUCAAACGAUAUCGGAAAAAUCUCUCACUCGAAUGCGGAGCGGAAGUUUACCUACGGGACCAAAUCCUCUGAGUCGACAAGGGAGUUAUGAGAGCUUCCGGAAGACACCAAGCCCUAAUUCGGAUAGACUUCGCGCAGAGGAGGCAAACGGAGAGAGAAAGAUGACACCUCCGAUCCCCGAGUGGAUUUUGAGUGCUGGGAAGAACGAGUUUGACCGAAUCCAAGAUCAAAAAGCUGCCGGGGCAUGAGACUCGGUUUGGUCCGCCAAUUGGACGUCAUGACUAAUGACUAAUUAUGACUCGUGAUUAAUAUUUUGUUCCAAUAGAACCCGGCUAGGGAGUUGCUGUUUCUCUAGAGACGUCGGGAAACGGAUCGGGUUUGGGGAUUACUGUGUGAUACCAUUUUCAUUAAGCGCGGCGUUGAACUACAUUCUCAACCUCGGGCUGAGGUAUCUAUCAUUCGCUCCGGGGAAUACCAAGGAGAUAGAAGAUAGACAUUGAAGUGAGAA